GACGGUUUUUACGGAGUACGGUCUCAACAAUAUCUCUUUCGAGUCGAUAUAGACAAAUUUUCUUGUGUAAAGAAUUAGACAUGAACGGGAAAGGGGAUAAGGGAAAAUACACGUCACCUCAUGGCUCGAAAAUCUGGGAGUAUCUAGCGAUCUUCGUUUGUAAGGCACUCCAUGUGCGAAAAUCGUGUUUACGUACCGUGUUAACAUUGUGUAUUGGUAUACUGUUAGGAUGGAAUUCACCGAUAGUCCUGCUGUUGCUAACACCGGAUUCGCCAAUUCCUGUUACCGUCUCGGAUAUCUCAACUUUAGCGGCUUCCAUGAUGUUUGGUCAAAUUUUAGCACCACUCAUCAAUAUAUUUGCAAUUGACAAAAUUGGGAGAAAAUAUACGUUAUUGUUUUGCGGUCUAUCACUCGUUCUCAGUUGGUGUUUGAUCAUAGUUGCGAAGAGCGUAACGAUGUUGUACGUGGCAAGAUUCUUCUCUGGUAUCUCUUUAAGAUUGGGUCUCAUGGUGAUUCCAAUAUAUUUGGACGAAAUAUCCUCGAUAAAGACUCGUGGUGUUAACGGAGCUUUAUUAGGCAUCACGUUCAAUCUCGGUAUCCUGUCGUCUUAUAUAACAGUACCCUACUUAACGAUAACAACAACAGCUACUAUUUUUCUUAUACCGUCGAUCUGCUUCGUCGUUUUCUUUUCUUUCAUGCCAGAAUCGCCAUAUUAUCUGGCAAUGAAAGGUAAAACCGAGUUAGCCGAAAUCGUUUUAGAAAACUUACAUGGUAAAAUCGACGUUUCCGAGGAAUUAAGAACGAUCGUUGAAUCCUUGAACAACGAGGAAGAAAAUAAUAAGACAAGAAGUGGAAGUACGUUGAAGGACAUAUUUAUGAUCAAAGAAAAUAGACGUGCCUUUUUAAUCAUCUUUUUAAUGGUUAUAUGUAAUCAUUUCAGUGGUUACACGACCAUGCUAAUUUAUGGACAAAUGAUAUUCAAAGAAACGUCAAGUAAAAUGUCUCAUUACAUCGCUAACAUAAUCUUUGGUGUUACAUUAUUAUUAUCGUCUCUAUCAAUGAUCUUAAUUGUUCAUAGAUUAGGUCGUAAACCAUUGAUAUUUGUAUCCGGUAUUAUGAUUGGAUUUUGCAAUCUCACCAUUGGCUCUUUCUUUUACGUUAAAGAUUAUAUCAACGAAGACGUGUCCACGUAUUUUUUAGUACCGUUAAUAGCAUUUAUUAUGUUGGUUUUCUUUUCUAACUCAAUAUCUAAUCUCCUAUUUAUCAUGAUGUCUGAGAUAUUCUCGAUCGAAGUAAAACCUCUUAGUUUCUGUAUCAUUGGUAUUGCUAAUGGUUUAUUUGGGAUGAUCGUUAGUAAGCUUUAUAUUUUAAUUGCUAUAUAUUUUAAUUAUGGCCAUUCCUUUCCCUUUUUUGGAUUUUGUAUCAUCGUCUGGAUAAUUACAUUUAUUUUAUUUAAUUUGGUACCGGAAGUAAAAGGUAAGACAUUUGUUGAGAUUCAACGAGAACUACAUAAUUGAAAACAACUACAGUAGAUCUUUUUUUUUUUUGUAUCUUUUGUUACGUCGAUUCUUUAAUGUUUGAUCGAACGAUUAAUCAGACUAAAAGAAUUUCGGUUUGUACGUAAUCAGUAUCCUGUGUUGUUAUGGAUGACAAGACAACUUUUGAGUGACUCGUAAAUCAGAGAUCUUACAAUCAUUUUGUAAACCUCGGAAAUUUUUAUUAUGUUAACGCAUGACACUUAAUUUUACUGACAUAAUUGAUUAUCAUCGUUAAUGUCUUUAUUAACGAGUUAAAUAUAUCUGAACGGUCGAGAGGAAAGACUAUUUUCAUGACGAUCUUAUUAUCGUAUGUGAUUUAUCUUUUUAAUAAAAAAUUAUUAAACACA